CAUAGAAUCAAGAAGCACACAUCAAUCCAAAAGAAACAGUCAAAGUAAAAAAAGCAAAAUCACAUUGAGUGAAAUUUCAUUACAGAAAUCUGCUACGAACAUUGAAAGAGUGCAUCGGAAUCCUUGCAACAGGUUCUUUAUAAAAAUGUAAGUGUGGGAAGGAAAUAAUUUAUUUUGUGAGCAUCACGACGACCAUAAUUUUUAGGGAUGGAUCAUUGCCGUCUCUUUCGUCCUUAUGCGUAUUCAUUCGCAACAUAGAUAUUCGUAUCUCAAGUUUGCGAUUGAGAUUUCUUCUCACUGCGAGAGAAGAAAGACACAAUCGCAGUAAACAAUGUCCAGUCAUUGUUGUGGGUCGUCGUCGUCGUCGUCGUCAUUCUACGGUACGUUCUUAACGAAAAGUGCGUACAUCGCUGUUGAAAGGUUUCAUCAGUUUCGAUGAACAUUCUUCAGCUCUUUUUGUAUUGGUAGGCUCUUUUGCUAUCCAAAAGAUAAGAGGGCAACACCUUCCAAUUGAACGAAUUGAACGAAAAAAUCGUUUCUGUAUCGGCGAUGCCAAAAAAAAACCGCAAAAAUCACAGUAAAAGACAGAGCACGUUUGAGUCGAGUCAAGCAUACCCGACUCAUCACCCUGCACGCGCCACCUCCCUGUCGCUCAGAUCAGUGUUCAACUUCAGUUUGUGACACUACAGUAGUACUGUAGAACCAGUACGUACUCGUACAACCGUCCAUACCCGUACCUUCUUCUACGAAAAAUAUUUUCACGCUUUAAGUUGUUGUCGCCUUUCCUUCUAACUGUAUUUUUUUCUUUUUGAUACUCACAAAAUCUUACUGUACUCCAUUUCUUGAUGCUUCAUUGAUUAAACAGUUCAAGAAAGUUAACGAUUCACCAGGACGAAAUGACAGAAAAAGUCACCAAGAUGCUCGUUAACAGUUACCAGAGCGGAAACGAAGAGACGGAAGACGAGGAAGUGAAAAGAAAUUGCAUUUUCGGGGAAUCUGGGAUGAGAGACUCUGACUUAUCAGAUACCGAUUUCGAGGAGGAAGGAGAAGAAAAAAACGACGCUGUUGAUGCCGACGAGGGAAGAAAACAAGGAAAUGUUACUAAAAAUUCCAAAGAAGUGGGAAAGAUGGACGAUUUGGUGAAGUUUGUGACUAUCGGUAGCGAGAUCAUAAAACCAAACGGUGUUGUUCUGUACCGGCCAACGCCUGUCUUGCCUACCAUACUGUUGCAGACAAAUGAGUCACACCAAACUUUGAAAGAACACGAGAAAAGGUAAGUGAAUGAAAGUUAUGAAAAUCAUUGUCGAAGGUCAAGCUCUUGAAUACGAAUUUGAAGCGAAAUCUUCUCUAACACUAUGAUUCUAUCGUUUACAUUUCGUCUUCAAUCUAUUCGAAGGAGUAUAUCGAUUGGUGAUCUAAAUCCAAAAAGUGGGUUUUCGAUCACAUCGAAAGACGAAAGCGAGGCUGAAAACUCGGUGAGUUGCGGUAGCAGUACUAGCAAUAUUAGUAGCAGUGGAAGUGACGGAAGCGAUGCCAGCACCGAAUCUAUCAACUCGGAAGCGAACAUGAAAUCAGCUUCUCUCGCAUUUCCAAUUACCGACAGAGACCAGCUUCCAACUUUGGAAGUUAUUGCAGGUACUGCUAGCAUUUUACAAAACAAUUCAGAGGACUGCCAUACGUCAGUGUUUGAUGACGAAGAAGAACCACAAGGACCAACAAACGACAGCUACGCUUUGGUUGGCGCUAGUGGUGCAAGUGUUGACGACAUGUGGGGGACAGUCAGGCAGAAAAGAGUACUAUCCUCUAACACCCUAUCUGCCCUCAACGCAGAAGCGGGUCGCAACGAAGACUCUACAAAGCGAAAAAGAGGCCUAGACCAGCCGAAAGAAGAUUUCUGUGCAAUACCUGAAAUCACACUAGGAAUCGAGGCAUUAGAUCAAAUCAUACACCCAUUGCCGCGCCAAUAUAUAAUUAGAGAAGACUCGCCGUCGAUAUCCUCUUCUUGUGAAAAAGAGGAUGAGAUGUUGAGUGAAGAAUUGGAAGAAAGAUUCCGAAGCAGCAGCGAGUGUUGCAGUGUUGACAAUCCCAUAAUUCCGUUGUUAACUCCACCGCAGUCUCCUCGAACGAUUGGUGUAAUCGAAUGGCCGUCAAACCUGGUGAUGGAUAGUACAAUUAUGACUGCGUACAGUAAUCUAUCACCAGUCUCCACUUCUAGUAACAAUAGUGGCAGUUUGAUGAGUGAUCAAUCGAAGAUUCGCACUUCAGGCGAGUUCUCAACAAACAGAUCAACAAGACGAUGUCGCACUAUCUCCGUAGCAACUACAUGACGAUGCUAUUUUCACGUUUGGUUUUGUUACAAACGUUGGGGGCAUCAAUUGAUCGAUUACAUAAUAUAAAUGCAUACUUAAAGA